UCGCGUUGCCGGAACAUGAAGGGGUGGGGCCUUUCUGUUCCGGCAGCGCCCGCGCUCGCGCCCCGGCAGGAGCUUGCCGGUUGGAAGGCUGGCUCGUGCACGUGGUCCCUCGCGGCCAAUCAGCUUUCCCGGCCGCCGAACCCCGCCCUUUCCGCUCUCUCUCGGCGCUGCGAAAUGGCGGCGUUCAAGGGGCGGCGGUUGCUGCUGUGGCACGGCCGGUGCUGGUUCUCGCAGGCGGAGCCCCCCGUCCCACCGCAGCCCCCCGACUCGCUCUACCCGCCCAUAGUGGCUUCCGCCACGGCCAAAAGCAAAGCGGCCAAGCGGCGGCGCCUGGAGCAUUUCAAUCAGCAGGUGCACGCGGCGGCGUCGAUCGAGGAGAAGCUGCAGCUCUACGGGAAGCUGCAGCGGCCCAAGUACAUGGUUUACCCGCAGACCUUCGCCCUCAACGCCGACCGCUGGUACAGAAGCUUCACCAACACCGUGUUCGUGCCGGGGCUGCCCCCGAGAGCGGCGUCGGCAGCCGCCAAAGCCCCGGGAGCAGCGGCGCCGGAGGCCGCGAAGACACCGGCGGGUGCGGCACCUGAGGCCGCUAAAGCUCCGGAGCCGGGAACGGAGGCACCAGAGGCCGUGAAGGCUCCGGAGCCCGCGGUGGGAGCCAGGGCGCCGUACCUGGAUGUGGGCGAGCUGCGCUCCCUCGUCUGCGAUGCCCUCCUGCAGGAGAGCUUCUACCAGCAUAAGGAGCGGCCGUUCCUCUACCGCGAUCAGGAUCAUACUCCCGGCCCCUUCCUCACGCAGCUCGUUUCCACCCUCGCCGCUUUCCUGUCCACUCGCAACCCGCUGCUGGCCGCUUCCUCCCUGGAUCUGAAACCUGAAGUUAAUUAUUACUGGCAUCGUGGUGAGGAAGUUGUUGUCCGUGGAUAUCGAAAGGGUAGAGUUGAUCCUGUGCGAUUUCAGAUAGAUGAUAACCCGCACCUCCAGAUCCGUGUACCAAAGCAGCUUCCAGAGAUUGUACCAUUGGAGUCAGAUCUCGGAGAUGUUCCUGUUAUUGAUCACAAACCAUCCAAACUGCCGUUGUUCAAAAGGCAGUAUGAAAACAAGGUAUUUAUAGGAUCAAAGGUAGCAGAUCCAUGCUGUUACGGACAUACACAGUUUCAUCUUAUUCCUGAUAAACUAAAACGACAGAGGUUUAUAAGAGCAAAUCUUGAGGACCAGAUUGAAGUUCUUUAUCGAGCUAAUGGUAUUGCAAGUCUCUUUGCCUGGACAGCAGCACAAGCAAUGUAUCAAGGGUUCUGGAGUGAAGCAGAUGUGACCCGUCCUUUUGUAUCACAGGCAGUAGUGACUGAUGGAAAAUACUUCGCCUUUUUUUGUUACCAACUAAAUACUUUAGCACUAACAGCAGAAACUAUUCAAAAUAACCCUCGGAAGAAUAUCUGUUGGGGUACAGACAGUAAGCCAUUGUAUGAUGUUGUGGAAGAUGGUAGUGUGAAAGGCUUUAAUGAUGAAGUUCUAUUUAAUUUGGUUCGUUUUCUGUUAAACAGACCAAGAGAGUUGUAAAUCAUUAAAGUAUUCCUGUUGAUGUGCCUGAACUUCAUUGUAACUCCAUGAAGUAUGGGCUAGAAAAUGCCUUGUUCUAAAUCAAGUAUUUGUCUAGCAAACAACUAUAUACAUCUUUAUUGAUAUUUGGGCCUAAUUUUAAAUGUAUGAUACUGUACACUGAAAAAUAGAUGUUUAGAAUACCUUAAUAUCUUUCGUAUAUUUACUUUAAAGCGUAUUGCACUAAUUCAGAGUCAAGUGAAUACGUUCUUUUAGUGGAUCUAUAGCUCUAUGUUGAACUAUCACAGCAAAGUAUGAAUCCAUAUGACCAUCUGAUUAUGUUGCUGGGUAACUGCUGUCUUGAUAUUCAGCAGCAGUGAAAAAUUAAUUUUGUGUCUGAAAUCGGUUGUCUUAAAUGCUUACUUAUUCCAAUAAAAAGUGUUUCUUAAAAGUGAA